GAGUACGUUCUGAAUUUGUUUAUAUUUACCUUGGUUGCUUUGUUUUUUAUUUGCUCAAAAUUAUUUUCGUUAACUUCGUGGAAAUCCGUGAAAUCAGCUUCAUCACUCAUUGCUAACAUUUUUGUGAAAUUGCAUUUAAUUUGUUUCUAAAAUAAGGUCGGUUUUACAGAAUUAAUAACAGUAUAAGGUAAAAGGAAGAUUAGUUUAAACAAAAACACAAUGUCAUCAGAUGAUACUUCACAUCAGCUAUUGGCUUUAAUACAAGGAAUUCCAGCUGGAGCAAAUAAUGAUGAUCUAGAAAAAGGUUUACCCGAUAUUCCACCUGCAAUCCGAAUGGAAGGACUCAAUAAACUGCUAAAGCAGGGAUCAAUUGAAAUAUUAAAAAAGGGCGAUAAAUUAUUCUAUCGAUCAAAAGAUCCAAAAAAGAGUGUAUUGCCAAAAGAUGCCGAUAAUGAAGAGAAAAUAGUUUAUGGUAUUAUAGAAGAGGGUGGCAACAAAGGAAUAUGGAUACGAGAUAUUCGCAUACAAUCCAACUUAAACAUGACUCAAUUAAACAAAAUAUUAAAAAAUUUGGAAACGAAAAAACUUAUUAAAGCUGUAAAAUCAGUGAAUGCUAGUAAAAAAAAGGUUUACAUGUUAUACAACCUCGAACCAGAUCGUUCAGUUACCGGUGGUGCUUGGUAUCAAGAUCAAGAUUUUGAAGCGGAAUUUGUUGAUGUAUUAAAUCAACAAUGUUUGCGUUUCCUACAAAUGAAACGUGAUAAUGCUUUAAAAAAAGGAGAAGGCCCUUUGGCAUUUAAACAAUUAUCUUGUUGCACAGUUAAAGAGGUACACAAGUUUAUAUCCGAUUUGGGUAUAAGUAAGGUAAAUUUAGAUGAAGAUGAUUUGGAAACCAUAUUGAAAACAGUGGUAUAUGAUGGUAAUGCCGAGCGUAUUCUCAUGUCAGAUAGUGUGUAUGUUUAUAGAGCCAUUAAUUCGCCCUUACCUCCCCCAGGUCUAGUUCAAAUGCCAUGUGGUAUUUGUCCGGUAAUUAAGAAUUGUUCUAGAUGUGGUGAUGUAACACCUACAAAAUGUCAAUAUAUGAAAGAAUGGUUGGACUAAUCAUAAUAUAGUGUUAAAAUAAUGAGGUUUUAAUAAAAACUAACAAAUAUAUAAAACUAUAUUCAUCAU